AUGUCUGCUACAGAGGAAAGACCAACGCCUCUUCGCCUGGGCUCCAUUGCUCCUAACUUUAAGGCCGAGACCACAAAUGGCCCCAUCGAUUUCCACGAGUUCAUCGGCGACAACUGGGUCGUUAUCUUCUCCCACCCAGAGGAUUACACCCCCGUCUGCACCACCGAGCUGGGUGCCUUCGCAAAGCUCGAGCCCGAGUUCGCCAAGCGCGGGGUCAAGUUGAUCGGCCUCUCUGCAAACACCGUCGAAUCCCACGGAGGAUGGAUCAAGGACAUUGAUGAGAUCGCGGGCAGCAAGCUGAGCUUUCCCAUCAUCGGCGACAAGGACCGAAAGAUCGCCUAUCUCUAUGACAUGCUGGAUCACCAGGAUAUCACCAACGUAGAUUCCAAGGGUAUCGCCUUCACCAUCCGCUCCGUCUUCAUCAUCGACCCCAAGAAGACUAUCCGCCUCAUCUUGUCCUACCCGGCAUCUACUGGCCGCAACACCGCCGAAGUCCUGCGUGUGGUUGAUUCUCUUCAGACCGGUGACAAGUAUCGCAUCACCACCCCAAUCAACUGGGUUCCCGGCGACGAUGUGAUUGUGCACCCAAGCGUCAAGAACGAGGAGGCAAAAACCCUUUUCCCGGACUUCCGCAUAGUCAAGCCAUACCUCCGAUUUACUCCUCUGCCCAAGGAUAAGACUUCUGCUGCGGUCUAA